UAAGGAUUUCAUUUUCAAACACAAAGCACGAGUAUGGGGAAUGCCGAUGUUCUCGUUACCGGCGCCGCCGGACACCUCGGCUGCGCGCUCAUGCUCUCGCUCCCUUCGUAUGGCUACACUCCCAUCGGCAUCGACACACUCGACUCCCCGACGACAACCCUUGUGGGCUCCAUCUCAAACCGUACCUUUGUAGAAUCGCUGUUCGCCGCCUAUCCUAACAUCCGGCACAUUCUGCACGCGGCAACACUACACAAGCCUCACGUUGACUCGCACUCAAAGUCCGACUUCGUGGACGUCAACAUCACCGGCACGCUGAUUCUACUCGAGACAGCUGCGGGUUUGCAGUCUGAUCGCAUCGAUUCCUUCAUCUUUGUUUCAACCACUUCUGUUUUUGGGCAGGCUCUGAGCCCCAAGCCCGGCAGUCCGGCGGUCUGGAUUGACGAGACCGUCACGCCAAUACCCAAGAACAUCUACGGCGUGACCAAGGCUGCAGCCGAGGACAUGUGCCGACUGACAAACAUGCAGACCAGUCUGCCUGUCCUGGUGCUGCGGACUAGCCGUUUCUUCCCCGAAGCCGAUGACGAUGAGGACCGUCGCGCUGCCCUGGGAGACGAGAAUCUCAAGUGCCUUGAGCUUGCUUACCGGCGCACCGACAUUGCCGAUGUCGUUUCGGCCUGCGUUCACGGCAUGAAGCGAGCUAGGGACAUCGGCUGGGGCAAGUAUAUUAUCAGCGCGCCACCGCCGUUUCCGAACGACGCCGACACGUUGCGGAGGUUGGACUCGGAUGCAGGGGGGGUGUACCGUGAUUCCAUUCCAGGUAUUCAGGAGGCAUUUUCCAAGCACGAGUGGAAAUUCCUGCCCCGCCUGGAUCGUGUUUAUGAUUCUGGGAAGGCGGUGCGAGAACUCGGGUGGCAACCAGUGUACACUAUUCAGCACGCUGUGGAACGACUUGCCAAGGGAGAGGAGUGGCGCAGCAAGCUUACUUUCGAAGUUGGUAAAAAGGGCUACCAUGCAGUCUCGACUGGGGUUUAUACCGCUCGCUGAGACGACUUUUAAAUCUAGAGUCUAGAAAUUAGAAGGGAGACAAGGUCCAGGAUAAGAUCUAACAGAGGAGGCUAAUUAUUAUAAGCAAUACUAGUCUAUGUAACGCCUAUCGCGAUAUUCGUCAUGGUGUUGGUGUUCUAGACCUGCGCUACUCAUGU